ACUUGGGGUGGUUGAGGGGUGUGGAAUUUUGAGGUGAUUUUGGGGGACUUCGGCGUGGUGGGGGGGCUGUUGAAUUUUGGGUACUCUCAGGGUACUUUGGGGUGGUGGGGGGUGUUGAUUUUUGGGGUGGUUGAGGUGUUUUUUGGGGUGGUUUUGGGGUACUUAGUGCAGGUUGGGGCUGUUAAAUUUGGGGGUGAUUUCGAAGGGCUUGGGGUGGUUGGGGGGUGUUUUUUGGGGUGACUUUAGGGUAGUUUGGGGCAGAUAGGGGGUGUUGUUUCUUGGGGGACUUUGGGGCAGUUGGGGUUGAAUUUUGGGGUGGUUUUGGGGUAGUUUGGGGCAGUUAGGGGGUGUUGCUUUCUGGGGGAUGUUGGGCUGGUUGGAGGACGUUCUGUGGGGUGAUUUGGGGGCACUUUGGGGUCGUUGGAGGCUCCUGCUUUUGGGGGACACUUUGGGACGAUGGGGGUUGAAUUUUGGGGUGAUUUGGGGGCACUUUGGGUCGGUUGGGGGGUGUUGCGCUGCGGACGGGACCCGCUGAUCCUCCCCACAACGCGGGGGCCCGGCGCCCACCGGGGCAGCUCCCCGGGCCCCGCCCCAAGCGUCAGUUCCGCACCGCCACGCCGGCAGGGGGCGCUGUCGGCUCCGUGUCGCUCUAGGCGCGCAGACCGGGAGUGCUCUGUGGCGGCGCAGGCGCAGAGCGGCGGGUGGGAGAAGAUGGCGGCGACGAGUUUCGAGCAGAUGGGGCUGGACGCGCGGCUGCUGCGGGCGGUGGCGGAGCUGGGCUGGGCCGCCCCCACCGCCAUCCAGGCCGAGGCCGUGCCGCUGGCUCUGGAGGGCCGGGACCUGCUGGCCAGGGCCAGGACGGGCUCCGGGAAGACGGCGGCGUACGGCCUUCCCCUGCUGCAGCGCCUGCUGCGGGUCAAGGCGGUGAGCGGGGCCGGGGGGACGUGGGGCACGUGGGCUCCGUGAGGGGGCCGGGCAGGGGUAGGCCGCAGUGCGGUGUG